AGUUGUAGUUGUGUUGUAGCAAACCAAUAGUCGAAAGAGCAAAUCAAAAUAAUGGAAACUUUGGAGAGAGACUUAAAGAAUAUGAGGGAAUAUUUUAAGAGUGGAAAGACAAAGGAAGAGUCUUGGAGAGAAUCGCAGCUAAAAGGGUUGCGUCGUUUCCUCAUGGAAAGACAGGGUGAUAUCUUCAAGGCCCUCAUGCAAGAUUUAGGGAAACACCAAGUUGAAUCUUUUAGAGACGAGAUAGGAACAUUGGUGAAGUCCUUAAAUUUAGCAUUAAAGUGUUUGAAAGAUUGGAUGUCAAGCAAGAAGGCUCAAUUACCAUCAAUAGCAUUGCUUUCAAGUGCACAAAUUGUUUCCGAGCCUCUAGGUCUUGUACUCAUUAUUUCAUCCUGGAAUCUCCCAUUCGGAUUGUCGUUGGAGCCACUAAUAGGAGCAAUAGCUGCUGGAAACACAGCAGUGUUAAAACCUUCAGAGUUGUCUCCUACAUGUUCCUCUCUGCUUGCUUCUGGUCUUUUGACUUACUUAGACAAUAAAGCAAUUAAGGUUAUAGAAGGAGGACCAGAGGAAUCUGAGAAAUUAUUGCAGCAAAGAUGGGACAAAAUUUUCUUUACAGGUAGUGCACGUGUGGGGCGCAUUGUGAUGUCAGCAGCUGUGAAGCAUCUGACUCCUGUAACAUUGGAGUUGGGUGGAAAAUGUCCUGCAGUUCUGGAUUCUCUUUCAUCUUCUUGGGAUUUAGAGGUGGCUGUGAAGCGGAUUAUUGUGGGAAAAUAUGGGACUUGUAGUGGUCAAGCACGCAUAGCGAUCGACUAUGUCAUUGUGGAACGUAGUAACUGUUCAAAAGUGGUGGAAUUGAUGAAGAUGUGGAUCAAGAAAAUGUUUGGAGACAACCCAAAACAUUCAAAAUCCAUAGCAAGGAUAGUUAAUAAACAACACUUAUUUAGAUUGAAGAAUCUUCUUACUGAUAAAAAGGUUCAAAAAUCUGUGGUUUGUGGUGGCUCAGUGGAUGAAGAAAACUUAUUUGUUGAGCCAACAAUCUUAGUGAAUCCUCCACUUGAUGCAACAAUAAUGACAGACGAAGUUUUUGGCCCAUUACUUCCAAUUAUUACUGUGGAGAAGAUUGAGGACAGUAUUGAAUUCAUAAGCUGUAGGCCUAAGCCACUAGCCCUAUAUGUCUUCACCAAAAACCAAACACUGCAAAAAAGAAUGAUAUCUGAAACAUCAUCUGGCAGUGUAGUUUUCAAUGAUGCAAUUCUACAAUAUGCAGCAGAUUCUCUACCAUUUGGAGGAGUUGGUGAAAGUGGGUUUGGCAUGUACCAUGGGAAAUUCUCCUUUGACACAUUCAGCCAUCAAAAAGCAAUUGUCAGAAGAAGUUUCUUUACUGAUUUUUGGUAUAGAUAUCCACCAUGGAAACCACAUAAGUUUCAACUACUUGAAGUCUCUUACAAUUUAGAUUAUUUGGGGUUGGUCCUUGCUGUGCUGGGACUAAAGAGACCAUCAAAACGCCAUCUUUUUCCCUAGAUUCGGUCGCUUGUUGGAAGGGAUGUCGAGGUCACUUUGGCUCGUAUCUUUCCAGAUCUGAACCAAGUGGUAGAUACUUCUGCUAAAUUUGAACUUUCUCUUUAUUUUGAUUUUAUGAUCUUUGAUUGUAUUUUCGAUUUUUUUUUUUGUGGCUCUCCUUGAAAACUAUGAGGAGGUUUGAUUCCCUAUAGGUUUUUAGUUUGUUUCUUUGGGCCUUUUAGCCCUGUUUUCCCAUAAAAUAUUAUUGGGUGCUUUAUUAAAUUAAUAAUUAGUUGUUAAGAAUAUGUUUGAUAAUUUAUACCUAGUUUGAUCUAUC